AUGUUGGGAAAAAAGUUAGUGACUGCACAGAAACGAGGGGAGACAAGAGCCCUGUGCCUGGGACUGGGAAUGGUUGCCUGCUCCAUGAUGAUGUACUUUUUUAUUGGGAUCACCAUUGUGCCAUUCUACACUAAAAGUGUUUGGACAACAGAAACUGUGUGCAAAGUACUCAAAGUCAACAUCAUGGACAAAGUUCUCUGCCCAAACAGCGAAGGCUCAGAGGAUGAGGAUGUCUUUCCUUAUCCCUGUCUCCAGGUGUGGGUUAAUCUAACAGCGUCAGGACAGGAGGUUAUGCUCUAUCACACUGAAGAUACACUGGACAAAAAUCCCAAGUGCUCGUACGUCCCAGACAAGUUGGAGAACUCUAAAGAAGUUAAAGCACGAGUAGAAACAAUUGCAAGCAAUUUCAAAAAAUACCAGACUUUCCCAUGCUACUAUGACCCAGGAGGAAUGCAGACCAAUGUCAUUUUAAGCAGACUUUAUCCCCCGAAAGGCCUCCUCUUUGCUUUCCUUUGGCCUACACUCAUGUUUACUGGUGGAUGUCUGAUCAUUGUUCUGGUGAAAAUUAGUCAGUAUGUUUCCAUGCUUUCUGCUUGGCAGUAG